CUCACCAGUGCUGGACUCGAUAAAUACAGUUUUAUUAAUGAGAGGAAGACCUGGUUUGAUGCCCAGGAGUACUGCAGGAGCAGAAAUGGUGACCUGGCCUCUGCCAGAAACAAAGAGGACGUAAUCCUCAUGACAGACAUAACAGGUAGGACGGAGUCAUGGAUAGGACUGAAUGAUUUAAACAGAGAAACCAUGGACUUGUACCCAAACUCGUGGAGAUGGUCCACCAAGACUAAGAGCCGAUCAGGUUACAUGAACUUUGCACCUGGUGAGCCUGAUUCUGCUAAUGGAGAUGAGGAAUGUGUGGACAUCUGGAGCGAUGGUACCUGGACCGAUGGAAAAUGUUCUUCUUCGUUGAACUUUGUUUGCUUCUCUGGACAAUCCACUAAUAAAACCUACCAUCAUGUCAACCUGAACGAAACAUGGGCGUCGGCUAAGAAUUACUGCCGCACUAAUUACACUGACCUCGCCAUGAUAGAGAAUGAAGAAGAGAACCAGCUGGCUUCCUCCAACGUCACUGAUCCUGCAUGGAUCGGUCUCUCCAGAAGGGCCUGGACGUAUUCUGAAGCCACCGAACAAUCCUUUAGGCACUGGUGGAGCUAUGAGCCCGAUAACCGUUCAGGGAAACAGUUUUGUGCAUCGGCGUAUAAAAAUGGAUUUAGCGACAUGGGAUGCACCUCAAAGUUACCCUUUCUUUGCUCAGAUGGUAUAGCUCGGAAACAGAGCAGAAUAAAGACAAUGAUCCAGUCUAACUUGGACCUGACAAACCAACACAAUAAGGACAGCAUGCUACAACAACUGUCUGCAUCACUGACCAGAGCCGGACAGACUGACUUCAACCUGAGCUGGAGCACUCCGCCACAAAAACUAGAUCCAACGGGCUUGAACGAUGACCACCAAUAAUGACUAUAUUAAUUAUGAAUGCAUUCAUUAAUGUAAUACAUUGAUUAUACUAAGGUUGUCAACAACGGGACCCUGUUUCUGUGAAUGAACUCAAUCGAUUUUCCCUACAUUUUAUGUGUGCAAAUGCAUAAUUUUUCAACGUUGACAACAUGUGAUCUAUUAUCCACAUUGACCAUGUAUAGUAAAGUGUGGCUUAGUUCAUAGGAUGAGCCAAUUGGUUCAUGCAGCAAUUUAUUUUCUCUGAGUCAUCAUAAUAAUGAUUAUAAAUUGUUAAUGGAAUCAUUAUGAGAAUAACUACGUAUUGAAUAGACAGAAUUUAGCCAUUAAUGUUGAUUUUAAUCAGAAAAAUAAUAGAAUAACAAAAAAAAGUGCAAUAGUUGAUAGUAUAGUUCAAUAAUGCAGUCGUUUAUGUUGCAAAUGUGGGGGUCUUGUUUUUAGGGACACUAUUCUGAUUAAUAAGCAAAAAAGGGUGUUUUUUUGGAAUGUGGCCUUAAAUUAAUUUUUGUACGUUAUACAAAUUUCACUAUGUUACCAGUGGCCCUGAUGAUGUUACUCUGUACGCCAAUAUUUAACUGUUAUUAUACUUACAAUACAAAGGGCACUAUACUUACUUUUUGUAUGAAAAACAAACAGAAUUCCCUAAAUCAUUAAAGUUUGUUUUUUCUUAUUAUUUUCAUACAGUGAUUUGUUUAGAUCUUAAAGUGCCUAACGUUGUUAAUUUGCAUUUGGCCUAAAACAAACAAAGAGGGAGUUAAUUAGUAGAUGCACCUGCUGAAGGGGGCUUUCCAGCCUCAAGCAACUUGUGGCUCAAUGGGGCGGCAAAGUCCCUCUGCCCUGUGUCAGAGGCAAUGGAUUCAAUGACCAUCGGGUGUGUGUUUUUUGAUUUAAGAGUGUAUUUCUUAUAGUCAAACAAUAACAAUUGUACAUUUAUCCAUACAAUUAUAUAACACAUUGGAUGUUGCAUAAAUAUUUAAAUUCAAGAGUACGAUAGAUAAUUUAUAGUCAGAAAUAAAUGAACCUUUUUGCCUUCUCAUUCUUAUCCAUUAUUCUAAUGUCCGCACGCGUCAAUGUCUGCCUAGUAAGUUUACGGGCAUUACGUAGAUCAUUCAAAUAAAAUUGCAUCUUUCUU